UUCUCCGUCAAACUGGGCGAUCUUCUGUCUGUAGAACUCCAGCAGCUCCCUGGACGGACGCAGCUUGACGUGCUGACCCUGGUCUGGUCCUGACAAACUUCUCCGACACUGAGACCUCACGGCGGUCUGUUUGCUACUGUCUCUCGGCGAUGGAGCGGAAAGUGGCUCGCGAAUUUAGACACAAGGUGGAGUUGCUGAUUGAAAAUGAGGCAGAGAAGGAUUACCUGUAUGAUGUCCUCCGCAUGUAUCACCAGUCUAUGGAUUUGACAGUGCUGGUCGGGGACCUGAAGUUGGUCAUCAAUGAACCAAAGCGCUUGCCCUUGUUUGAUGCCAUCCGACCUCUCAUCCCCCUCAAACACCAGGUGGAGUACGACCUGCUCACCCCCAAGAGGUCACGGAAGCUGAAAGAAGUGCGUUUGGAUCGGACACAUCAUGAUGGACUGGGUCUUAGUGUCCGAGGAGGGCUGGAGUUUGGCUGUGGUCUCUAUAUAUCACAGAUUGUGAAGGACGGUCAGGCUGGGAAUGUCGGCCUACAGGUUGGUGAUGAGAUUGUGCGCAUCAAUGGAUACUCCAUCUCCUCCUGCAUCCACGAGGAGGUCCUCAGUCUCAUCAAGACAAAGAAGACUGUGUCGCUCAAAGUCAGGCAUGUGGGGAUGAUCCCAGUGAAAAGCUCAUCAGAUGAACCCCUCAAGUGGCAGUUUGUCGACCAGUUUGUGUCUGAGUCAGGGGAGAAAAAAAGCAGCGUUGCAGGCUUGGCGUCCAUUGGAGGCAAGGAAAUCAAGGAAAAGAAGGUUUUCCUCAGCCUUGUGGGCACCAAAGGCAUGGGCAUCAGCAUCUCCAGUGGUCCAACCCAGAAGCCUGGUAUCUACAUCAGUAAUGUCAAGCCAGGCUCACUUUCUGCAGAAGUUGGACUUGAGGUUGGAGACCAGAUUGUGGAGGUGAACGGGGUGGAUUUCACCAAUGCGGAGCACAAGGAGGCUGUGAGAGUGCUGAAGAGCAGCAGGAGUCUGACUAUUACUGUUCUGACAGGAGCUGGCAGCGAGCUGUUCAUGACUGAUGAGGAGCGUCUGGCAGCGGAGGCCCGCAGGGAGCUGGACAGGCAGGAGCUGAUGCACCAGAAGAGGGUGGCACUGGAGACCAACAAAAUCAUUAAAGAGCAGCAGGAGAAGGAGAAGCAGCGAAAGAUGGAGAUCUCUCAGAAAGCUGCCGAGGAAGAGGAGCGCUACAGAAAGGAGAUGGAGAAGAUUGAGACGAUGGAGAGGAAGCACAACAGAGAGUGGGAAGAGGACUGGGGAGCUAAAGACAGGCCCAAGAGCCCUAAGAGCCCCCGCACUCCCAAGAGCCCGUCACCCACACCACCUGAGACAAAAACCACCAAGGCCAAGAGUUCUCCGUUUGGCUGGUUUUAUCGAUAUGAGGGGAAACUGCCGUCAAUCCGCAAGAAAGGAGAAAAGAAGAAGAAAAAGAAGAAAGUGUCCAACACAGACACACUGCAGGAGCAGAGAAAGAACAAGAAGGAGAUGGAGUUUGAGUUGAAACUCGCCAAGGAGAAGGAGGAGAUGUAUGAACGAGAGAAGCAGCUGAAGAUCAAUCGACUGGUUCAAGAGGUCUCAGAGACGGAGAGAGAAGACCUUGAGGAGUCAGAGAAAGUGCAACACUGGGUGGAGCGUCUUUGUCAGACUCGGUUGGAGCAGAUUUCUUGUGUGGAGAAUGAAUCCCCAGAGCCUCCGGAAAUGUUAAAGCGGAUGGUGCCUUACAACUCAUCUUUUAAAUCAAACAACAAACGACAAGGAUUUCAGAAAUAUGAGGAAGAUUUUGAUCCUUACUCCAUGUUCUCCACGGACCAGAUAGAUGGGCGAGAUGUGAGAUUGCUGAGAAUCAAGAAGGCUGGACAGCUUGACCUUGCUCUGGAAGGAGGUGCAGACUCUCCGUUAGGAAAGUUGGUGAUAUGUUCUGUGUAUGAAGGUGGUGCUGCAGAUAAGCAUGGUGGCGUUGUGCCCGGGGAUGAACUCAUGGCUGUAAAUGGGAAGAUCCUGAUUGAUGCCACAUUGACUGAGGGGCAAAACUCUUUGGCUCGGGCUUGGAAUAGCGGAGGGGACUGGAUCGAUGUUGUGAUCGCGGUUUCCCCUCCGAAAGAAUAUGAAGAUGAAGUAACAUUCUUCUAGUCUCAUCAACAGUCUGCCAAGACAACCUGACUGAUUAAAAAGAAGCUUUACAUUGUUGAUGAUGCCUUCAGGAUUCACCAUGAAACUGAAAAUCGCCUUUAAGCCUCGUGUCAUGCAUCAAGAUAUUGACACCACACAGUCACUAAGCAUCCUCGCUGUCUUGUUUUGUGAAAGGAUGAUGCGGUCAAUAUUUGGUUGUCCCCAGUAAUCUUCUUCACCUCUGUCAAGCCUGUGCAUGGUUGAGCUCACUUAGAUCUGCUCGGCCAUUCUAACUCUGCCCUGCCCUUAGACAAGUGUCUCAUUUGUCAGUCUAACAAACAGGUACUAUAAUCACAGCAGCUCUCUAAUCUGCCUUUUCAAAGCCCAAUAAAUGACUGCAA